AUGGAGCGGGGUAGGGCGGUCUAGACAAUGAAAAACUGCCGACCAACUGUUUCGGAAACGAUGGACCAUGGUGUAACCGUGUGUGAGCCGAGUCUGAAUGCCUUUCUGAUUACGCUCACUUCCGCGAGGGGCGUCGGCCACCAAGUCGUGUGCAUUCAAUGUCAUGGACGCGUAUCGUCGGAAGCUACCUCACGUACUCAUGCUAAGGAUUCAAACUUGACUUCUGUUCUCGUAAAUGCGGCCCACUUCAUACUGGUACGAAUACGGCCAACACCAGAAAACGCCACCAGCCGUCCCUCAAGGUCCUCGUACGUGCAGACUUUCCCGGAUGGCAACAAGCCUUGUUUUGUAGAGGGGACUAGAGUUCACGACACUACUGUGGGCUGUUCCCGAUGCCCAGCAGGCGAAUGCAGUUUGACAGCAGGGGCCGUUGCAGGACCACAAAACCUACGGUUCACACUCCUGCCACUCAGUUUAUGCCCGAUCUAUUUCUACAAUCGCGGAGAGCCGUACUAUGAAUUUACCAACUUCUAUGAAAUUAUGGUCUGUAUCGAUGGGCAGGAUUGGCUCACAACGGAGCACUACUUCCAGGCCCAAAAGUUUGUCGGGACUCCGCUGGUUCGCACCAUUCGCCUCAUGGAGCGACCUCGCGAUGCGUUUGACAAGUCCCGCGACCCUCGCUACUCUCACUGGCGUCGCAGUGACUGGGAGGAGAUGAAGGAAGACAUCAUGUUCAAGGCUCUGCAGGCAAAGUUCACUCAACACGAGAAACUCAAGCGGAUGCUGGUGGGCACUAAGGACAGGCAGUUGGUGGAGCGCUCUCCCCACGACAGCUACUGGGGAGAUGGUGGGGAUGGUUCGGGGAAGAACCGACUCGGAGCACUGCUCAUGAGACUACGAGACGAUCUGACUCCAAAACCAGAAACCUCUCACCAAUCCAAUACCCAUACCUGGCCUCCCUCUCCCCCUGGUGCAGUGCAUUCUCACCGAACCACUUCACCUUCAUCUCAGCAUCAACCACUGCCGAAGUCUGAUCGGUCCACAAAGCCGCACAGCUCACAGUCCUUGCCCAGACAAGAUAUGGGCAACCAGCACAAGAGUCGAGAAGCUGAGCUACGAAGUCAGUCCGCCUUCCAACAGAAUCCUGCCCAUUACAAGGCUCAACCAAGAGACUAUCCACCUCCCACGUAUCAGCAGCAUUUGAGUAGUGCAGAUUUCUCUGGCAAUCCAAACUUACCUCCCACUUCUGAGCUAGUAGUACCAGGAGCCGUUGUUCUCCUAUUCCACAACCAACUGCAAAUACUUCCCAGAUUUCUGUUGCAUCCAAAAUACCGCCAGGUUUCCAUAACAACCCACCCAACCAGCAGCUGGCAUCAAUCCCAAUAGGAAACCUCAUCGAUUUGUAACUUGCCAUUGACAUGAAGUACGUAUAGCUACACUUUAUAAUGUCAUGAUAAUUUUUGAUGCGGAUGCAUCAGCGCGCGCGAUGGAUCCCGCGCGUGCACAUUUCGUCCCGCGCAUAUAAUAGCACGCGUCCGUGGGGAUCUGCAGCCUGGAAAAUGGCAGUACAUUCAGUGACUACCACUACGUUGACUGUCGGUUCGACGUAUUUUUAUCCGAGGACGGACCUCGCGACGUAUAGGGAGCAUGGGCUGUGCGUACAGUGCCAGAUGUAUUUUCGGAGGGGCUUUUUGACCAGGACCAAUCAAGGCCAUCAACUCAUGUUCUGUUCUUUCCAGUGCCGUGAUUACUAUCAGAAACAGUAUGAAAUGCACCCACUUGCAUAUGGAGUACAACCACCGAGUGCAGGUCGUAUAUGCCGUUUUUCUGGGUGCAAUAGGCCUUGUUACGUCGAGGGAUUGAGGGUGUAUGAUUAUUGCGGGCGCGCCCAUGCCGAGCAGGAUGCAGCAAUUCGACCCUCGAAAGUAAGACUAGAAGAGUUAGCAUUUGACAGUGCCGAGUUUGGAAGUCUCAAAACCAAAUUACAAAAUCCUGGUGUUCCGAAAAGGGAGAGCUUCCCACAGUAAAGCAUAUUUUAAAAGUUAUCAAUCCACAGCUGGAUCAAAUAUUCAACGGCUAUGUUUCCGGAUUGCCAGUGUUUCAAAGGGAAAUAGAGCAGCUAUUUCAUGGGACAUCUCUCAGGUGUGUGAUGCCAAGAGCAGCACCCUGCUCCAACGAUGGAUGUGGAGUUUGCAGCAUAUCAACGACGGGUUUUGACCCCGAGCAGAUACGCACCGCCGCAUGGCAAAGUCCAAGUCUGCACAGCCCAGAUACCGCUGUAUGCUGGUGUGCGACGUCGCCCCUGGACGAAAGCAUAUCAAGCGCGAGAAAUGCCGCUUCUCUUGAAGGACCACCACAAGGUUCGACUCGGUUCAUGGGAGAGCGAAAUCACGCAAAUACAUAUUUUGGAAGGAAGACUCAUCCAUGAAUUAUGAUGAAGUUGUGGUCUAUCGUUCUGAAGCAAUUCGACCACGAUAUAUCCUUAUCCUUCAAAACACCACUUGGACCUCUCCAUUUGUGUGACAAUUACUUUGUUAUGUAGCUAGAACUAGAGCAAGUCAAACCUGCAUUGUAGCAAUUUGCUAGUAUACAUUAUAUCUCUAUAGCAAAGAACACCAAGGGAGGUCUACUCAACACCAGAAAAUUGGACGCGAGUGUAUGUGUGGCCACCCUGCACUCCCUCAGUGCUGGGAAUUACAAAAAAGUACCAGCCCUUCCAUUGGCCCAGACUAUGAUUAUUUGUGGUGAUCUCCC